AUGGCGUUGCUCUUUUUCUCUCUCGCGUUGUUUUUCUCUCGGAAGCAUCGUCCGUUUUCGUCGGUUUCGUCGCACCAAAACAACGACCAGAAAGGAUCGUCGGACGAUGCAAAAGAGGAGGAACCGUCGUCUUUGUCGUCAUCAUCCGCGGGAGAAAGAAGCGCGUUAUUGGAAAAAAAGGAGAACGAGAAGGAGGUUCAGAAGAAGACAGAGCGUUACGAAUGUCCAGACGUGCACAAAAACUGCGAAUACGACGGCGCGGUCGUCCUCGAUGGCGUCGCCGUUGGACCAACGAAAAGUAUCUCGGACUGUUGUGAAAAGUGCGCGAAUACGAGCGGAUGCAACGUGUACGUCUUUUGCGACGAGAGUUGGUGCAAAGGACAGUGUUGGUUGAAACGCGUUGAAAAUCCAGACGUGGAGAGACCAAAGUUACGGAACGGGGCGACGGAAGGCGACGCGAACGUGCCUUGGACGAGCGGGAUGUUGAUGAAGGAUUUCGUGAAAUCCGAAAACGUAGGGGAGGAGGGCGGAGGCGAGACGCGUGUGAAGACUUUGAAGGAGCAAGUAUCCAUUCAGACUCCAGUUGGAAAGUUUACGAUUCACUUGAAACCGGAGUGGCACAGGAAAUCGGUGGAGUAUCUCACAGAUUUAGCGGAGACCGAGAACGCGUGUCAAGGGAAGAGUUGCAAGUUGUAUCGCGUGGAACCGGGUUUCCUCGUCCAAGGCGUGUUGCGGUCCUUCGUCGUUCGAGCGAACAAAGAAACGUUUCAGUUUCAAAAAUUGAUGGAAUACGGCGACGUCGGGUGGGCCGGAGGCUCCGCUGGGCCGGAUUUCUUCGUCUAUUUAGGCGAAAAACCAGCCACGUGGUUGAAAUUCGACCACACCAUCUGGGGAACCGUGGAGGAUCCCGCGAGUUUAGAAGUGUUGGAAAAGAUUGUUAAGACGGACAGUCACACGCCGGGAGGGCCGAAUACCAUGAGGUUUUUGAAAGAAGAGAUGCCAAUUAGUGUACUUUAG